AUGGCGAGCAGACAGGGCAGCGGGCAGGACUUCGUGGUGAAGAAUUUGGCCUUGGUGGCUGUGUUCGGGUCAAUGAGUUUCUUCUAUGCUUCGCAGAGAGAUGUGGCAGUCCAGCUCACACCUGGCGCCAAGCUUCCGAAGGGCCUUGCUUUCAAGUCGUCAGCACGAGGUCCUAGAAAUCCUCCGCCUCUCAAAGAGAAAGAGACCGAGGAGCUUCAAGGUGAGACACCCCAGGUCAGCCGUGAGGCAGAUAAUGGCCAAGCACGCUGGCGCGCGCCCAAUAGUCGGGAAGAGAAGGUGGCUGUUUGCCAGGGCGCGGGCAGAGGCAGAGGGUGGGCGGCGUUGCGCAGUGCGUGGAGGUUCCCCGCCUCAACCUCACCACCUUCCACGAAGAUGUGCCUCCGCGUGAAUCAAACACCGUCCUGGCUUCUGUACCUCUGCGUAGCAAUGGCUUGA